AUGCAUCUCAUUGACCUUCCAAAGGACGUCCUUCUCAAAGUCUUAUCCCUUUCAGACUGGCAGGAUAUUCUUAUGCUUGAGCAAACUUGCUGUGCCUUGAAGGAGAUUGUCGCUUCAAAAACUUUGUGGAUAUUGCUCCUUGGAAAACUGGCUAGACAAAGUUGUACUCCCGGGCUGCCAAAGUACAUCGACAUUCGACAACUUGAUUACCUGGAGAUCCGAUCCUUGGUUGUAAGGACUCUUCGAUGGAUAAAGAUAUGCAAAGGUGCUGGUGAAGGACAUAUCCCCGAUUCUAUUGGAAAUAAGCAGAUCGUUCAUAUCGGGGCUCCCGUCGAUGCUGCCGAUGUGCUGGACAUGCGAGAACCUACAUCCUUCAGGCUGGCACUACAAGGAAAAUUGCUAUUCAUAGGCUAUCAGAAGCAACUACGGGUAUAUAAUGUCCAGAAGGAUACGUGCGUCUGGACUCGUAUGUCACUCAGCAGUGGAAGCAAUUCCAAUUUUAUUGGAUUUGCAUUGGAGGAGAUGUCGGAUUCUUCAAUUAUGAUCUUUGUUGUUUCUUUUGAUUCAAAGUCUAAUGUAAUGUCAUUUGAACUGUUCUGCUUAGAGCUAGAUGAAGAAAAUGGUACUGCUAUUGAGCAUCCAGUUGCUCGCAAUUCAUCACAAAGAGGAUCAGAUGAAAAUCUUCGGGUCUCUACACUCUGCUUAGAUGGUGAAUUUGCUGCCCUUAUUGUGAAUAACUCUCAGACACGGUCGGCAAUAGUGUGGAACUGGAAAAUGGAAGAGCAGAUCGAUGUCAUCUUUGAAGACAUGGUCUCAGUAAAUGACAUUCAGAUCAUGCAUGAUCAUCUAUUUUUUGCAUUGUAUUCAAUUGCUGGUGGUUGGAAGCUGGAGGUGCUCUCCCUUCGGAAAAUCUUGGGCCACAUACCUGUCGUUCACUUCUCAGAAGUCGACCGCUUUUCUCAAGACCUCUCUGAUGCACUCCACGAUCCCUCCAGGGGUGUUUUCCUAACAAGCGGCUCGAACAUCACGUUGCACAAUUUAUCGCAAUAUGCCACUGCCGACACGGUAAAGGUAGCAAUCAUUGCUACAGCAGUAUCUGAGUCUAGCCAGCUAGGUGCCUACGUUGCAUGCCAUUAUGAGGUCGCGAUACAGACUACCGAGGCAUGCAAUCCCAUAGUUGGUUCUAUACGAUGUACCCAGCACUUGCAGCAUUUCUUGCGACACCCAGAUGAAUGUUUGGCUGAGACGCUAGCGGUCUCAAGAUCAAACGGAUGUAUAAUCGAUAUACUACUGGGCAUCCUACUUUCGAGAAAUAGGGACAGAUCCAAGACAAUCCACAUCUAUGGAUUUGACGAACUAGGCAAGUUCUACCGUACAAUGUAUCGGGGUGGCUCGUUCCCCACAAUGCACCCACACGAGCCACAUCUCAGUACUGCGGGUGCAGAGCAUACGGAUGUAGAUCUGGGCUGCUUUUCGUUUGUGAACGUGCUGCGCGAAGGACCAGUGUGCGAUGCAAUUCACUAA